AUGGCAACCCGCAUCGACAACGACCGCACUCGAUCAUUAGAUUGUCCUAGAUCUGAGCUAGAUCUUGCGAUCCUCGAUCACGAUAAAACGAUCGCAAACUUGAUCGAGUUAGAGUCGAAGAACACACCGCUCGUACCGCGUCACAAACUCGAGCCUGCGUGCAGGAAACUGGUCGUCACNGUACCGCGUCACAAACUCGAGCCUGCGUGCAGGAAGCUGGUCGUCACUUGGAUGCUUGAGGUGUGUGAGGAGCAACACUGCGAGGACCAAGUCUUCGUGGUGGCCGUCUCACUUUUGGACAAAUUUCUGAGUGUAGUGUCCAUCCGCAAGACGCAGCUGCAGCUUCUGGCCGCCGUGUGCCUGUUGCUGUCCUCCAAGCUGCGGCAGAGCCACUUCCUGUCCGUCGACCUCCUCGCGUAUUAUACGGACAACUCCAUCACACGGGACGAAAUUACGCAAUGGGAGGUGCUCGUGGUGGCUAAGCUGGGCUGGGACCUGGGCCACGUCACGGCGCUGGACUUCGUUGACAGUUUGCUGCGUCGCCUCGCUGUCACCGGCGACAACAUCGUCCGGCGACACGCGCUCACCUUCGUCGCCCUCGCCGCUACAGAAUCAGAUUUUGUUGGUACGAAGCCUUCGCUGAUCGCGACGGCGGCAAUCGUGUCAGCUGUGCGAGGGAUUUAUCCUCAUCUCGGCAAACCAGCCAUGGAAAUUUUAUCCCAAUGUUUGCGGACAGACAUGAAUGAAGUCAAGUAUGUAUUGGACACACUAGAACGCACGGUGGACAGAACUUCAAAAGAAGGAUCAAGUUGUGGGGACUUGUCAUACUCUUCCGAGGCGUCGGACGAUUCUCACAGCAGUAGCCUAAGUAGUAGUUAUAACAAUAAGCUUAGUGUUAAUCUACCCCCUAAUAAACAAAUGUCCAGAACAGCGCAUGUAGAUCCCAACUACAUCUGCUACUCCCCUCUACAAGACGACUCCCUCAAUGGCAGCGUCGAGGACUCCCAAAGUGGGAGUUCAGAUUACGAAGGUUAUGAAACUCCCACUGAUAUAACUGAUGUACACUUCGCAGAAUAAGACUUAAUAUUAUUUAUCUAGUUCAGUCAUGCUACAACAGAGCAGAUGUAAAAUAUUGCUCAUGAUUCUCAUCGCUAAUGUUUAUCGUGCAAAUGUUUCAUGAUCUCAACCUUACUCAAAAUACCGUUAUUUCUCAAUUUUCAUCCUGCAUAAACAGCGUUAACAUUCGAUUAUAAGACAUAAAAUUUCUAAAAUUCUGGAUUGAAAAUUAAGGAAGCUAAGGCAUGGACAAUGGAAGAAGUAAACUGUGUUCAGUUAAGGUUUAUUUCGUUCACUGCACAGAAACUCAGGCCUCGUACCUAUAUAUUGUAACUCUAGUGCUAUUCGUACGCCACAUGUACAAAAGUAUUCGAUGACCGCACGUACAAAAAAUGCAUAACGUUGCGCGUAGCUUCCUAUUGGUUUAAGAUAAUCAUCUUAUUUUUAUUUUAUUAAUUAAUCAUCCUCCUGCAAUCCACUUUGUACAUUGGUAUCUUCACCACGUUUUUCAUCAAUGCCGUAGCAACGGUCCAACUUUACCUCAUUUGUGAUUUCAACAGUCCAUUUCUUAUUGAAGUUUUGUGUUCAACAGUCCCUUUUGUAUCGCAUUUGUGUGUUCAAUAGUUCAUUUCUUAUAACAUUUUGUGUUCAAUAGUUCAUUUCUUAUAGCAGUUUUGUGUUCAACAGUAAAAUUUUGACAUCAAACUGCGUUCUUGACGGUGGGCCGAUAUGGCUAUGUGAGUGCAAACAAAAUUUUAUGCAUUUCAUUCUUGUACGAGACCAUUGGUUUUGCCACUUGUGAUUGCUAGUAGUAUUGCUAAAAUGAUUUAUUUUUGUAGUCAUCAAAUUCAUAAAAUAUAUGUUCUCUAGUCAAACCCUCUGCAACCACACAACCUGGUCUAAAUAAUUUCUUAUUUCAACUAAAAUGUUGAAAAGUUCGAUGCUAAACCGGCCCAGGUUCUAUCAUCUUCAAAAUAACUUGAAUGCUUUGAAAAUCUCGUAAAGGUAACGAAUAUUAGUAUCUUUAGCCAUAAGUCAUUUUUAUGAAUUUUGCAAACUAAGAAAAAUGACAUCAACAGAAAAUAGAAAUUUUAAAAACUCACAUUUCUCGUCGAAUAAGUGAAAAUUCUGCGCGUUGAAAACAUUCAUAUACUCUAUGGGAUACGCAGUUUAUUUAUGUUCAUACAAUUUAUAAUUAAGAUAUUUUAAUGGGAGCUAGCCUCGGGCUCGCAUCACCAGCUCACAGGCACGUAUAGUUCAAGGUAUUACUUGUCGAAUAUCACAAAAAAAUUCGCGUUUUAGAAUGUCUCGUGCGCAUAAAAAAUAAUUUUAAGAAACAAUUUUUAUUUUAAUUAGGAAAGAGAUGUUGGCGCACAAGUGCGUUAAGGUUCAUGAUCAAAUUAAAAGACUAUUUAGCCUUAACUUUUAAACUUAAAAACAUGCCUGCAAGUUUCAUUCAGAAUUUUUGAAUAUGAUGCAUAAUUGAAGAAUGAAAUUCUUUAAAAAAUUCUUUGAAUACCUAAGACUUUGAAAUGUGGAUUGUUUUGCAGAGAACCUAUUCAAUAUUCUGUGUAAUUUCAUCGUGUAUAAAUAUUUCAAUGUAUUGUUAAAAAGCUCAAGGAAAUAUUCGAGCAUCUAAAACGCUCCAGAUAUAAUUAUGUUUACAACGAAACUCUAAAAGUUCUGGACUUUAAAUGAAAGUUACGACCAAGUUAAAUUCAUUGAACUGGGGCUACCUCAGCCAUGGCGCUUAUGUCUCAUAUAAGACAUACCAAACAAUAUCAUGGCAUCCUCAGCCAUGUCUCGUGUCUCACGAGACAUACCAGCUCCAUGUAUAGUAAACUGCUGUAUACUGUCAUCCUUACGUACAGUAUACUGCUGUAAACUGUACAGCCUUACGUACAGUAUACUGCUGUAAACUGUACAGCCUUACGUAUAGUAUACUGCUAUAAACUGUACAACCCCACGCACAGUAUACUGCUAUAUACAGCACAGCCUUACGUACAGUAUACUGCUGUAUACUGUACAGCCUAACGUACAACCAGUAACCAAAGAACAGUCUCAGCCAUACUCCUGACCUCUUGUUGAAGCCGCAUCUGAAGUUAAUUAUUUUAACAACUCAUAUAGGAGUUUAUUCAUAUCGGUCUCUUCCUCGCAUCAGAACUGAACGCUCAGGUACGCCUAUUUUGUUUGUUUUUGUCAUGCCGCAUUAAACUACCGACGUUUGACCUUUUGAUCUCUUGGACGAAUCGGGACUAAGUUAUUAGUUAGCACCUAACGAGGUUUUUUAUUGAAGUGUGUUAUGUUGAAUGCAGCGUUUUGUUAGGGGCCGUUUCUUGUUCUGAGACUGAUCCUCAACCUAUCCAAGUAAAGGCCAGUAUGCGUGUCCUUCACAUUCGUACUCGUGCCUCAAAUUUGGGAAAAUUUCGUACUCGGGCCUCAAAUUUUGGAAAAUUUCGUACUCGUGCCUUAAAUUUGGGAAAAUUUUGGCAGAUUUUAGCAAAUUAGAUUAUAAUUUUAGGUGCAUAUAUGAUUUCGCUGAAUUAUUGCUUAUAUGUUAUACCCUUUACUCCCGAUCUUCAAUUCUCUUAUAUUAAUUUAAACCUUUCUAUUUGAAUUCAAAACAUGGAUGAAUUUUGACGAAUAUGACGCUUGGGUAAAGAAUAACUGCUAAGAAAUAAUUAAAAUAAGUCCUUUUGUUAGGUAUGAAUAUCGUUAGGAAUGUCGUCUGUCAUGUCUUUGGAAAUCCAAUUCGCUAAAUGGCUUUUAGUGAAUUUAAAUUUUGGCUUUUAAAUUGUAACUUUUUUUGAGUCAGGCCUUUGAUUUAUAAAUCUCUUCCAGGUAACGAAGUUGAUUAUCUUUUCCACUUAAGUAAAUUAUGUAAGUUUGAAGUAUCAGACGCCUUUUUCUUCGUAGUAGUCAACCAUUUAAAUAAAAUAUUCAUAAAAUGUAACUUUAUAUUCCUCAUAAUUGAAGGAUUUCUAGCGAUCCCCGUAGUUUCGGAAAGAUCUAUGGAGAUUUUAAUAUAAUAUUUUUUCUCGUUCCAAAAUGAAGUGAACUCAGUUGCUUUGUUGUUUGUAUGAUGGCGGUUAAAAGUUGAAUUUAAGACAAAAUGAAUGCAGAUUUAUGUUGAUUACUUUGUACUAAUAAUUAAGUUUAUCGUUUUAUCGUGCGGCAAAAAGAUACAGUUGGUUAUUAUUGAAAUUCUAACUCGUUGAAAUUUGUUAAUGUUGAGAAUAUGUAGGUUGAAUUUGUGUAUUUUAGGAGCAGCUGAUGUUCAAUUCAUCCGUGAUGUUUUGCCACUUCAUUUAUUAGCCUAAACAAAGCAUUUUCUUCCAUUUCACCUAAAUAAUCGGAUAAUUGAUUGCCCAUCGAUGAUUCGCUUCGUAUUGCCAUGUACAUGAUAUUAAUCACUUAGACAAUAUUAAUAUUAUCAUGUAGAUUAUAUUGAUCACUUAGACAAUAUUAAUAUUAUCAUGUAGAUUACAUUGAUCACUUAGACAAUAUUAAUAUUAUCAUGUAGAUUAUAUUGAUCACUUAGACAAUAUUAAUAUUAUCAUGUAGAUUAUAUUGAUCACUUAGACAAUAUUAAUAUAUUCAUGUAGAGAAUAUUAAUAUUGUGAUGUAGACGAUAUCAAUAUUGUCAUGUAGGCAGCAUGCGAGGUGGAAUUGAUGAAUAGUUUACGAGUAUUCAAAUCUUUUGUCUGAACCAAAGAUGAUGCUAGCGCUUGUUUGAUCAUGAUGACAAUGAUAAUAUGUUGGUGAUGACAACGAUAAUGAAGACGUAAUGAAGACGAUAACGACGAAGAUUAUGAUAACGCUAGCAUAGUUCGAACACCCGUUUUAAGUCGCUUUUUUGGAUAGUUUUCGGGCUCAAUGAAGUGUUGCUAUACCGCCAGGGUUAAAUUCCUAGUUACUGAACAUUUUAGUUUAUAUUUGCUGAUACCAUUUUAUAUGUUGAUUCGCUUCUACGAAUUUAGAGCCUCUUACUGGCGUUUAUUAAACAAUACAUUGAAUUUCUAUUAAUAUUUAACGUUGAAAUUAUAUGUUAUGUUCCUUAUUAACGGCACAUAGAAUAGAAUUUUUCAAAUGGCUCAUUAAAUGUCACUUUUAAUUACUCAUUAAAUGUUAUCAAUUGAGCUGAAUGUUGAAAUCUCUAUUAAAAUUACCAGCGUGUCCCAUAAUGGGCUAUUCAAAACGCUAUUCAUCGGCCGCCAAUAGUAAUUUAAUGAUAUCUAUCAUUUUUUUUAUAUUUCGAUGAUAGCGAUGACUUUUUAUAUUUCCAAGAUACUAAUGAUUUUUAUACUUUGAUGAAAGCGAUAAUUUUUAUUAUUGUGGCUAUGCGUCGCAGAUCUCAUGUAGGUAGGCUAGGCCUCCUCAGGCUAGGCCCGCUCUGUUCGUUGUGAAGAACUUCGUAAGUUACACUCAUAAAAUGAACUGGGGUCAUACUUUCAAAACUCGCCAAGUGAACGUAAGUACUUACGCUUUA